GCAAAGUUUCUUUUUGCACCCACACACCUUCUUCGCGGAGUAUUUCCAUUAAAGUAUCCAACCGCCGCAUCAGGAUGAUCUCUAACUAUAAUUUCUUCAUAUCCUUGCAAGCUACGGUAGCAACGAGUGUACUUGCUCUGAUGUAGAAAGCUAGUUAUACGUGUGUUAAAAUGCGGUAUUUUAGUUUUAGUACAUUGACUUUUAAGCAUUGUUGAAUUUUUGGCGAUAAUCCAAAAUAAUGAAUCAUCGAAUAUUCUUGUACCUUAUGCUUCUAAUUAUCACAGCAGAAUGCAGUUUGUGCAACGGUUGUCAUCCCAAUUCGAAGGAACUUCACAUAUGCCUGAAUAUCUACUUGGAAAGGGAUUUUCCUCACAUUGAGACCAUUCUAAAGGGACAGCAGAAGGGAAGCAGAUACGGAGGAGGAAGAGUUCUUCUCGAAGGAACUGAUCUACAGAACUAUUGCAGACACAUAGAAGGUCUGGAGGAGUGCUACAAACGUCUUCUGCCUGAAUGUGACACUUAUUGGCAACUCGACCGAUAUUCACGGAUGAUGAAAGUUCUGCAUGCAACUCAUUCUCAUCUUUGCUUGAACUCUACAAACAACCUUAGAGAUCUCCUUCUGAAUAGUGUUUGCCUCACAAGAGCCAAAGCCGUCCUUGAAAAUUGUUCCAGUCUAGGAUUCGAAUGGGUCAAAACAUGGAAAGAAGUGUUACGCAUGCAAGUCGAUCCUGUGGAUCGGUGUCGAGGAUUGAAUGCUUAUCGAUCUUGUAUUGCUAACAAGUUACAUGACGUGAUCUGUGGACUGGAAGCUAUUCGCAUUUAUGGUGGGCUUAUUGAUGUGUGGCUUCGAGAAUGGUGCAACAAGGAUUCGACUUCUGAAAGGGAUUUGUCAUAUUUGUACCUGUCUGCCAAAGGUACUGGAUGAAUGUUCCUGGUGUAUUGUUUGCAAGAAUGAAGACAAUGUUGCAAAAAAUAAAAUUAUCAGAUUUAUUUUUA